CUGCGACCCGGAGCGCGGCGGCACGGCGCUCAGACGGCGCUACUUGGCCGCGUCGCUCACGUGCCUGCGACUGGCGAGCCCGCAACACGCCUUCCUCGCGCGCCCGGCCGCCAACGGACGCCCCGCCCAGGUUAUGGGACCGGACGACUUAGCAGCUGAACUAAGAGAAGACGAUCCGGAAUCACUUGAUCCAGUUCAGCAAGCUCUGCUCAAACCAGAGAAAAUUGAUUUUGAUUAUCUGUAUCCGCAUUUGAAAGAUGCUGACAGGGAUACACUUUUAGCUGUAACAAAAAGAGCGAUUAGCACUGGACAGUUUCUUCCGAUAUGGUUCCUCAAGACAUAUUUGGAGGUGGACGGGGCGGCGUGCGUGCGAACGUUGCUGCAGGGCGGGCGCGUGUCGGAGGCGGGCGAGGCGUGUGUGCGAGUGUUGCGGGCCGAGCUGCUGAGACUCACGCCGCACCCGCCCGCGCCCCGCGCCGCGCCGCUCGCACUGGCGGACCGCGUGCUGCGCGAGCUGGCGCACGUGCGGCACGCCGGCGAGGUAUACGAGGACCUGCAGAAGCUAGUAGAAGAAUAUACCCAAGUAGUGAAACGUACUUCAGAGGAUAUGAAACUUUCGAUGAAUUAUUAUGUGGCAACGUAAAUUAAUGAUAUGUUGAAAUAAAAUCAGUUUUAUAUUUUUCAUAA